AUGUUCGCUCUUCGCACCACCAUCCUCAGCCUCGCAGCUCUCACCUCCCCCGUCAUCGCCGAGCAUCUCCGCAUCGUCUGGAGCAAAGGCGACUUCUCCACCAUCUCCGGCCCCAACGGCGGCAACCAGAACGGCCACUGGAGUAACUUUGUCAUAAUCGACGACAACGGCGACGCCAUCUUCACCGAGGCAUAUCCCGGCGGCUACGCAGCAUGUCAGAUCGACGAUGGUCGCGAAUUCGCCAUUGAGGGAAUUUGCUGGAGUGCACCUCGCAAAUUCCUCUGCGUCUCCAACAUUGCGGGAAAUCCGCAGAGCUGUGAGGUCAAGGACAAUGACGGAAAUAGUUUGGGCAAGGUAGAGGGAACACGAACUGGGAUUUUAUCGGGAUUGCGAUUUCUUCGUCGAGUGGAUGUGUCAUUGAGAUUGAUACAGAAGAUUCUUGUCCUGCCAUGGGCGAGGAUGGUAAUGAUCUUCAUGUUAUCUGAGAUUCUGUACAUGGAAGCCGCGAAGAUUAUGAACCUUGACGCGACCCAAGAGUCGGCUAGAUGUCAUCUUUAUGUCAUAUACAUUUGCAGAGUUCAGCAAACUAUUUGCUUCUAUACAAUGUGCCUCAAGUUGGGUUGGUCCACCAUUUGGCUCUCUAUUAGUCAUUUAUCAUAG